AUGCACUCCAGUACCAUCAUCUUCUUUGCCACUCUCUUGACAGGAGUCGUUGCACCUCCCCCUGAACACUUUUUGAACUUUGUCUGUACAGGAGAGGACAGCGAUGAUAUGCCAGAUGUUUGCAACAACAUGUGCUACGGUGCGACUUGCAAAAAACUUCCCACGCAGCUUUACUGGGACCAGCCCGAGAAGCCCACCCGUCAAAGACGCAGUAGGAAUGCCGGUUGUGGUACCACCAACAAGUGUGAUGAUGGAGAGCAAUGCGACGAGUAUCCGUUCGCUUCGACGAGCAACGCCGAUGAUGUCAAAGCGGUCAGUCGCUGCGUCCCUACUGAACAGAACAGAAAUCAAGGACAAGUUUUGAAACAGUUUUAUAACUCUCAAGGAAGCUUUGACGAAGUUGGGCUUGGAGGCAACAAAGGGCAUUUCACCAUUGGAUUUGGUAAUCCUGGUGACAGUCCGUACUGUUCCCCAAACACAGAUUGUGUUAAUGAUGGUCAUGAGUACACUCGCGAUGGUCUCGCCAGACGCAGUCACAUCAUCAAGCGUAGGGACAAGUCUUUCGGCUACUACAAGCUCAAGAGUGGUGGUACGUUCUUUGCUCCCAGCGGCGCGAAGCCAGGAGACCUUGUCUUCACGCCUCGGUUCCACAAUCGGACGCUUGGCCGCGAGCUUUCCCGAAAGCACGUCUUUGAUCCAGAGCGUGGACUUGAACAGUACGAAUACAUGAUGGGGAAUAUGUACACAGACCGUGAUGAGGUCGUUGGACCUGCGGAAGAUUAG